AUGGCGCCCAAACUGCAGGCAGCGACUAACGAUGCAGUGGGAAAUAACUGGAACUGGCUCUACUUCAUUCCUCUCAUCAUCAUCGGUUCUUUUUUCAUGCUCAACCUGGUGCUUGGUGUCCUGUCAGGAGAAUUUGCCAAAGAGCGAGAGCGAGUGGAGAAGAGGCAAGAGUUCCUAAAGCUUCGCCGACAACAGCAGAUCGAGAGGGAGCUCACUGGAUAUCUGGAGUGGAUCUGCAAAGCGGAGGAGGUGUUGCUUGAAGAAGAGGAUGAGAUUGCUGAUGAGAAGUCCCCGCUGGAUGGUGCGUGGUACAAAAGGAAACAAAACCUUUCAGUUCUGAAACGAGGCAAAAUCAAGAAGGGCAAAAACGACCUGAUUGGUGCUGAGGAAGGCGAGGAUCCCUUUGCUGACAUGUCUUCUGCUGUUCCACCCGGUUCUCCUUUUGGGCGAGCCAGCGUGAAAAGCGGCGGAAAGAUGGACAGCUCAACUUACUUCCGGCGUAAAGAGAAAAGGUUCCGCUUCUUCAUUCGGCGUAUGGUGAAAGCCCAAAGUUUCUACUGGAUUGUCCUGUGCUUGGUGGGCCUCAACACUCUCUGUGUGGCCAUCGUACAUUACGACCAACCUGAGUGGCUGACCAGAGCUCUCUACACAGCAGAAUUGGUUUUUCUGGGCUUAUUUCUAACGGAGAUGACUUUGAAGAUGUACGGCCUUGGAGCGAGAAAUUACUUCCACUCAUCCUUUAACUGUUUUGAUUUUGGGGUUAUCGUAGGAAGUAUUUUUGAGGUAAUCUGGGACCUGAUUAAACCGGGAGCAUCGUUUGGGAUCAGUGUGCUGAGAGCCUUAAGACUCCUAAGGAUUUUUAAAGUCACCAAAUACUGGAACUCGUUAAGAAAUCUUGUUGUUUCCCUCCUCAACUCCAUGAAGUCCAUCAUCAGCUUGCUCUUCCUCCUUUUCCUCUUCAUCGUGGUCUUUGCUUUGCUUGGCAUGCAGCUCUUCGGUGGACAGUUUAACUUUGAAGACGAGACACCAACAACAAACUUUGAUACCUUCCCAGCAGCCAUCCUCACUGUGUUCCAGAUUCUGACUGGUGAGGACUGGAACGCCGUCAUGUACCAUGGCAUUGAGUCUCAAGGAGGUGUUCGACGUGGAAUGUUUUCCUCCAUCUACUUCAUUGUCCUCACACUUUUUGGAAACUAUACUCUCCUGAAUGUCUUCUUGGCCAUUGCUGUGGAUAAUCUCGCCAAUGCCCAGGAACUGACUAAGGAUGAAGAGGAGCAGGAGGAGGCAGCCAACAAGAAGCUAGCUCUGCAGAAAGCUCUGGAAGUAAAAGAAGUCAGUCCGAUGUCAGCUGCUAACAUUUCCAUCGCUGCUUUUGUAAAGCAAAAUCGAGAUGCGCUCUCUCGCAGGUCGUCCGUCACCAGCAUUCAGUCACCUAAGGAGCAGCAGCGGUCUGCAAAGACCAUGUCUGUGUGGGAGCAGCGGACCAACCAGCUGAGGAAGCACAACAUGAAGACAAGCACCGAGGCUCUGUUCAAUGAGCUGGAUCCCGAGGAGAAUCUGAGGAUUUCCAGCACCCUCCAUCUGCAUCCUGACAUGACGACUCACAGCGACCGACCGCUGGUUGUGGAGGACAAGAAUGGUGAUCAGACCAAAGCAGGUGUGCAGCAGGAUGCAGGAGGGCCCCGUCAAGGCACUGUGAGGGACAGCUUCCACACUCACUCCAGGAGGCAUUACCACCACCGAGACAGAAAUGGGGAAGGAGGCGACAGCCAGGGAGGUAGGCACCACAGUCAUCAUAGCCGCAGCAGAGAACAUAACGGAAAUGGUUCCCAGGACAAAGAGAGGUCCGGAAACCAUGAAGGACAGAGACACCACCACCAAACUGGUUCGCCUGAGGAAGAUGCACGCCCAGGAGGAGGAGGAGGAGGAGAGGAAAGAGGGCAUCGCCACCACCGCUCGCGUCGGACUCUGAAGGAAGGAAACGGGCGUUUGACAAAUGGAGCACAAGAAGAGGGGAAAGGGAGAGGGGACAGCAAUGGGGAGAAGAGGCUGCGCUCCACCCGUACGUCUAAGGCUCAGUUCACUCUGAGUGGGGACGAAUGUAAGGGGAACAAGAAUGGGUCCAAAAGUCACAGGGAUAGACAGGCGGAUACUGAGGAGGGCAGCCUUGCUGGAAGUCCUUUCCAGCUGAAGCGGAGUAGUUUAACUCCAAGUGAAAAGCAAGAGGAUGCUGACAACCAGAAGAACUCCACCAGGGCCAGCCAGGCUGGCCUCAACAGCAACGCUGUCCACAUCCCUGUGACUGUGACCGCCCCACCUGGAGAAACCACCAUCAUUCCCAUGAACAACAUCGAUUGUGACAACUUCCGGCUCAGUGAGGAGAAAAAAGAUCUGGAAGAGGAGGAGGCGGCUAACGGGCCUCGGCAGAUCCUUCCCUACAGCUCAAUGUUUAUCUUUGGACAAACAAACCCUGUGCGACGCCUGUGUCACUAUGUGGUCAACCUGCGCUACUUUGAAAUGUGCAUCCUGAUGGUCAUCACCAUGAGCAGCAUCACGCUAGCAGCCGAGGACCCGGUGCAGGCCAACGCUCCCCGGAACAACGUUCUUAAAUAUCUGGAUUAUGUCUUUACUGGAGUCUUCACGUUUGAGAUGGUGAUAAAGAUGAUCGACCUCGGGCUGCUUCUCCACCCCGGCUCUUAUUUUCGUGACCUUUGGAACAUCCUUGAUUUUAUUGUGGUCAGUGGAGCUCUGGUGGCCUUCGCCUGCUCGAGCCUCAUGGGAUCACAACAAAGUGUUGCCAGGGGAACGAAGGGAAAGGACAUCAACACCAUCAAAUCCCUCAGGGUCCUACGAGUCCUGCGGCCGUUGAAGACCAUCAAACGGCUGCCUAAGCUGAAGGCUGUAUUCGACUGUGUUGUGAACUCCCUGAAGAACGUUCUUAACAUCCUCAUCGUCUACAUCCUCUUCAUGUUCAUCUUUGCUGUUAUCGCUGUGCAGCUCUUCAAAGGCAAAUUCUUCUACUGCACCGAUGAGUCGAAGGGUCUAGAGAAAGACUGCAGGGGUCAAUUUUUGGAAUAUGAUCAUGAAGAAGUGACUGCUCAACCCAGAGAGUGGAAGAAGUAUGAGUUUCAUUAUGAUAACGUUCUCUGGGCUUUCCUCACGCUCUUUACCGUCUCCACCGGAGAGGGCUGGCCACUGGUUCUGAAGCACUCUGUGGAUGCCACAUAUGAAGACCAGGGCCCCAGCCCAGGCUUCCGCAUGGAGACGUCCAUCUUCUAUGUGGUCUACUUCGUGGUCUUUCCUUUCUUUUUUGUCAACAUUUUUGUAGCUUUGAUCAUCAUCACCUUCCAGGAACAAGGAGACAAGGCUAUGUCGGAGUGCAGCUUGGAAAAAAAUGAGAGGGCUUGCAUUGACUUUGCCAUCAACGCCAGGCCGCUUACAAGAUACAUGCCAGAGAACAAGCAGUCUUUCCAGUAUAGGAUGUGGAAGUUUGUGGUGUCGUCACCUUUUGAGUAUGCCAUCAUGACUUUAAUUGCCCUCAACACAGUCGUGCUGAUGAUGAAGUUCUACGGAGCUCCGACGGUGUACGAGUCUAUGCUGAAAUACCUAAACAUCGUCUUCACUGGCCUCUUCACACUAGAGUGCAUCCUCAAGAUUAUUGCUUUCAAUCCACUGAACUACCUGAAGGAACCGUGGAAUGUGUUUGACUUUGUGACUGUGAUCGGAAGCAUCACAGACAUUUUGUUCACAGAGAUCAAUACGAACAAGAUGAUAAACUUGAGUUUUUUGAGGCUGUUCAGAGCAGCUCGUCUCAUCAAGCUGCUGCGACAGGGCUACACCAUCCGUAUCCUACUGUGGACCUUUGUUCAGUCCUUCAAGGCUCUGCCGUAUGUCUGCCUGCUUAUCGCCAUGUUGUUUUUCAUCUACGCCAUUAUUGGGAUGCAGGUGUUUGGUAACAUUGAGUUGAAUGAAGAGACCUCCAUAAAUCAUCACAACAAUUUCCAGACCUUUUUCCAGGCUUUGACUCUCCUGUUCAGGAGUGCAACAGGCGAGGCGUGGCAUGAGAUCAUGCUAUCGUGCCUCAGUAACCGACCAUGUGAUAAACUCUCAGGAAAUUCAGGAAAGGACUGUGGCAGUGAUUUUGCUUACUUCUACUUUGUGUCCUUCAUCUUCCUCUGCUCCUUCCUGAUGUUAAAUCUGUUUGUGGCCGUCAUCAUGGACAACUUUGAGUAUCUUACUCGGGACGCCUCCAUCCUCGGGCCUCACCACCUCGAUGAGUUCAUCCGUGUGUGGGCUGAAUAUGACCCCGCUGCCUGCGGCCGCAUAAGUUACCGUGACAUGUACGAGAUGCUUCGAGACAUGUCUCCUCCACUAGGUCUGGGAAAGAAAUGUCCUCCCCGAAUCGCCUAUAAGCGACUGGUGAGAAUGAACAUGCCGAUUGCUGAUGACAACACAGUUCAUUUCACCUCCACGCUGAUGGCUCUGAUCCGCACCGCCCUCGAGAUCAAGCUGGCAUCCGGUGUCCUGGCGCAGCGUUUGUGUGACGCCGACCUGAAGAGGGAAAUCAACCGAGUGUGGCCAAACCUGCAGCAGAAGACUGUCGACCUGCUUGUGACGCCGCAUAAAUAUAAUGAGCUGACAGUGGGAAAGGUCUAUGCUGCUCACAUGAUCUUUGAUUACUACAAACAGAAUCGAGCAAAGAAACUCCAACAGCAGAACCCAUCUGGGAUCUCACAGAGUAAACUGAGCGCGUUGUUCCGUCCUGUGCUUCCCUUCACUCACUUACACGAGGCAGCGCCGCCAAUCAAACCACCUCCCCCACCAGACCCUGAGCCAGAACCCAAACCAGAAGUCCCACCCAGCACCACCAUCAACAGCUCCAGCAAACGUGCAACAGCGCUGAACCAGAGGAGCAACAUAAAACAUUCCCAGUCUGGAGAUUUUUCCCAGGCAGCUCAGAGGCAUAAAGCCCGGCGGAGGCUGCAGAGAGGCCAGUCAGAGGAUGUGCCGUGCUCCACCAGAGCACAGGAGCAGCGGGCCGAUCCGAAGCCGGUGGAGAAUGUUUCAGACUCAGAGGGGUAUCCCAGCCUGGAGGGCCAUACCAGAGCUGCAUCUCUCCCUCGCCUAAAUGCCGAGUACCACCGGAGCCACCCUCGCCACGCCCCCGGGACCCACCUGGCACCAAUCGUUGAUCUCAGCCCCAUCAAACGCUCGCUGUCCUCGCUGACGCCACAGCGCCCCCAACAGGAGGCAGGUUUGAGGGACUAUGACCUGGAGCGGGUCGAUCAGAACCGGGUUCCUGCUGGCACGGAUCAGGGCCAGGGUCAGGAGAGAGCCCACCAUCAUCACCACCAUCACCGCUGCCAUCGGCGCAGGGACAAGGACAAGAAACAGAAAUCUUUGGACAAUCCGUCCUCCGUUCAGCCGUCCAGAACAGCCGGGUCAUUUGAGGACCCGUCAGCUGAUGGUCUGUCCAGAGAACGAGCGAGGGAGCGGGACCGCAGUCGCCCUCACGAAAGGAGGCACCACUCCUCUGCUGGGGAGAAGCAGCGGUACUACUCCUGCGAGCGGUACUGCAGCAGGGAGCAUUGUCAGGCCAGGUCGGCCGGUCCGAGCCGGUCCGCAUCUCCAGGAGAGAGCCUAGACACUGGUCUUAUCAAACAGCAGGGAGGCUCUGUGGUGAAGCUGUCUUCUGGUAACAACAUGCAUGGCCGUGGUCGUAGGCAGCUCCCGCAGACGCCGCUCACACCUCGCCCGGCUGUAGCCUACAAGACCUCCACCUCCUCGGCUCCUCCAUCCAGCGCCAGCACCUCCACAGCUGGGCCUCAGGCUCGCUUCUGCCGUGGCAUACCAGAGCACGACCGCCUGCUGGCGGGUCACGAAGAGUCUAAAACCCCAGUCACCUCUGUCAGUUCGGACUCUAACUCCAACAGGCAGCAGUUGGACUCCCCUCAGCAGGCCCUCCUUGAGGAGGGCGAGGACUUCCAGGACGCUGUGAGCAGCCACGGAGGGGGACACUCUUCCAGAAGCUCCGCUCCCACCUCGUCCUCGCAGGGAAGCGCUGCUACGCCCGUUACCGCAGCCGCCAUGCAGGGGCGGGCAGCGGGAGUUCCGAACGGGUACCACUUCACUCUGGGGUCUGCAUCGGGGCCCGGUAGCAGAGGAACAGCGGGUCUCAGGGAGCAGGAGGAGGAAGACUGGUGCUAGCUGAGUGGAAAGCUUUGAAAGGAUAACUAAAGGCUAAACAAGCGCCGCUGAGUGCUGACAUCGGCCGGGCCGAGGCCGGUCCGGCGGUAAGAGUCAGUGGACUGCGCUGUUGAAGAAGUUCACAGGUCAUUCCAGCUUUUUAGUGUCGAUCUCUUUACUGGAGAAGAAACACCUUUUUCUAUCCCGUUUUACUUGCACUGAGAUUAUAGCACACGUGAAGACCCUAAACCUUCUGCCUUGGCUGGUAAAUUCAGAAGAUAUAAGCCAAAAUGUUCUGAGUCAAGCUGUAAACUGUGUUUAAGACCAAUCAGAAUGCCUCAUUCCUGAUGCUAAAUCAUAGCUGCUCAGUUUGUUUGUCACAUCUCUACAAUAGGUAAAAUAUUUAAUCCACUGGACAGCAUCUCUUUGUUGGUUUAGCUGCUGCUGUGGUAUAGUUUAGGGAAGAAAUGUUUUCAUUCAGGUAUUAAAAUGGUUAUAUAGCAUCUAAUAUUUCUAUAGAUAUGAUUAGAAAAAGACUAAAACCAAUGAGGCGGAAAUGUGGAAUCUCUACUCGUAGAUUAUCUUUGUUUUUUUUUUGUUUUUUUUUAUGCUUAAAACAGAAAAUAUCUUUCUUUAACAUACCUCAAUUUAAUCAUACGGUUGUAAUCAAUAUAAUCUUUUUUUCAGGCCAUGAAGAGAGAGGGUAUA